UUGGCAGCGCAGCUGUCAGUUUCUAAGUCGAGUUGUGUGUUUAGCGAGCCGGCUAGCUAGUUAGCUACAAUAACAACAGGAGAUAUGGCUGGACUUCAACCCCAGGGGGAUCUCCUGAAAAUGACUCACAGGGAGAACUGGAAAGUACAGCAUGAGCGCCUGCACGUGAAGCACCGGGGCCAUGAGGCCAUGCAUGCAGAGAUGGUGCUCAUCCUCAUCGCUACACUAGUGGUGGCUCAGAUCGUACUGGUACAGUGGAAGCAGCGGCACAACCGCUCAUACAAUUUGGUCACCCUGCUCCAGAUGUGGGUGGUUCCUCUCUAUUUCACUAUAAAACUCUACUGGUGGAGGUUUCUCUCCAUGUGGGGAAUGUUCUCUGUCAUCACCAGCUAUGUCGUCUUCAGAGCUACACGCAAACCACUGUCCUGUCGGACACCACGGAUGGUGUAUAAAUGGUUUCUAUUGAUCUAUAAGCUGAGCUAUGCGGUGGGAGUGAUUGGAUACCUGGUCAUCAUGUUCACAAUGUUCGGCUUCAAUGUCUUCUUCAGGAUCAAGGCUGAGGACUCCAUGGAUGUGGGCGUUAUCAUGCUGUUCUAUGGUCUGUACUAUGGAGUGAUGGGACGGGACUUUGCUGAAAUCUGCUCCGACUACAUGGCCUCAACUAUAGGGUACUAUAACAUGGGAGGAAUGCCGUCCAGGAGCCUGACAGAUGAUAUCUGUGCGGUGUGUGGUCAGAAGAUCCUCGUAGACGUGGAUGAGGAGGGGAUUAUAGAAGAUACCUACCAACUCUCCUGUAACCACAUAUAUCUUCUAAUGGCUUUCUGCCAGAAGUCAAAGAGCUCUGGAUGAGUUCUGUACAGCUGCCAUGUUUUCCCUGUGCUUCCUGCUAGCGUUUCUUCUCCGUUCUCCCAUCUGCUCCGUGUACACAUGCAGCUCUUCCUCCUCCGCCCCUGCCCCCUCUGCUCCGUGUACACAUGCAGCUCUUCCUCCUCCGCCCCUGCCCCCUCUGCUCCGUGUACACAUGCAGCUCUUCCUCCUCCGCCCCUGCCCCCUCUGCUCCGUGUACACAUGCAGCUCUUCCUCCUCCGCCCCUGCCCCCUCUGCUCCGUGUACACAUGCAGCUCUUCCUCCUCCGCCCCUGCCCCCUCUGCUCCGUGUACACAUGCAGCUCUUCCUCCUCCGCCCCUGCCCCCUCUGCUCCGUGUACACAUGCAGCUCUUCCUCCUCCGCCCCUGCCCCCUCUGCUCCGUGUACACAUGCAGCUCUUCCUUCAGAAAAGCAUGCAUCGCAACUUUGUUCGUUCUCUCGUUCAGGUUCGCUUGUAAAUGUCCACACACACCGAAAAUGACAUGUAUAACUUUGAGCUGGAUUUGCCUGUCUUUGCAAUUUGUUUAUUUUUUGUUUUCGCUCGUUAGCAUUUAGCUAACAGCGUCUGUGAUAUCCCUAUUAGUUUGUGCUAAAUUUGUUAGCAUUCUGGUAUUAGAAGCCCAAUGGGAUUUUCUUGCGUUUCUAGCGCCCCCUUGUGUGCUAUGCCGGUAAUACCGUGGAUACCGUCCAAGCCUAAUAUCCUCACUGCACUGUUUGGAUUAUAGGAGAUCAGCUCUCCUAUCCUGUAUGUUAUGUCACACUCCCUCCUCUCUCUCUAUACUCCACCUCUCUACUUCUCCUCCCCCUCUUCUCUCUAUACUCCCCCGCUCUC